AUGGACUUCGUUAGUGGGUUGCCUUUAACAACUACUAAGAAUGAUUCUAUUUGGGUCAUCCUGGAUCGGUUGACCAAUUCCGCUCAUUUCAUUUUGGUUCGGAUAGAUUACUCACUACAAAAGUUGGCCAAACUUUACAUUUAUGAGAUUGCAGCUUCUGAUAGACGAAAGUCCUAUACAGAUUGUCUGAAGGCAGCUUCUGAUAGACGAAAGUCCUAUACGGACCUAGAAAGGAGUGAUAUUGAUUACUCUGUGGGUGACUUUGUUUUCCUUAAGGUAUCUCUGUGGAAGAAAGUUCCGAGGUUUGGACGUAAGGGCAAGUUGAGCCCUAGGUUUAUUGGGCCGUAUCAGAUUCUGAAACAUGUGGGACCGGUCGUUUAUCAGUUAGCACUACGUCUAGAGUUAAACUGUAUCCAUGACAUAUUCCACGUCUCUAUGUUGAGGCGGUAUCGGUAUGAUCCAUCUUACGUUGUUUCUGUUGAGGAGAUCGAGGUUAGACCGAAUUUGACUUUUGAAGAGGAGCCGAUUCAUAUUUUGGGUCGAGAUGUAAAAGUUCUGAGGAGGAAAUCUAUUUCGCUUGUUAAGGUUUUAUGGCAGAAUCAUGGCACUGAGGAAGCCAUGUGGGAACUUGAGUACUCAAUGUGUCAAUAA